CUUGUUUUUCAGUUAGUAGUAUUGUUUGAUUUACGGAUCAUGUUCCUUGAUUUUUAUGUAGCCUUUAGGAACCUUUCCAAUCAGUGACGCCCCUGAAUUACUAUUUGGAAUACACAACUAUCAGAAAAAUUUAUGAUUCUGCUCAUGUGAGAGAAUUUGAUGCAUUCAAGUUCACCGUUACUUGUAGAAGAAACUAUGACAGGCAAUCGUCAUUUAUCUACGUCAUCACAUACUGCUAAUCGCCAAUCCUCAAAUUCUCAACAGAGGUUGAAUGAUGACAGGCCAGAGACUAGUCCUUACAAGCAACAACUUAAAAAGUGGCAGGUGUUUCCAGGACGAAAUAAAUUUUAUUGUGAUGGUCGUAUAUUAAUGGCACGACAGACUGGAAUCCUUUAUUUUACAUUGUGCCUCAUAUUUGUAACUAUCGCUUUGUUUUUUGUAUUCGAGUGCCGUUUGACUUUGGUACAUUUGGAUUUUGGUUUUAUAAUACCUAUUGUCGCUGGUUUACUGACCAUUUUUUCUGUCGCCUGUUUAUUACGAACUGCUUGGAGUGACCCAGGUAUUCUACCUAGAGCAUCAUUUGCUGAAGCUAACUACACUGAAAGGCAGCUGCAAGCCCAACAAGCAAGUGAAGCAGCAGCUGCCGGUCAACAAGGAUAUCGACCACCUCCGAGAACAUUAGAAAUUGAAAUAAAUGGUGUUCCAAUGAAAUUGAAAUAUUGUUUCACAUGUAAAAUAUUCCGUCCCCCACGAGCAUCACAUUGUAGCUUAUGUGAUAAUUGUGUGGAUUGUUUUGAUCAUCACUGUCCGUGGGUUGGUAACUGCGUCGGUCGAAGGAAUUACAAAUAUUUUUAUCUUUUCGUUACUUCAUUAUCCGUGCUAUGUCUUUAUGUGUUUGCUUUCUCUAUUCUUCAUAUUGUAUUGUUAUCUAAAGAAAAGGGCAACUUUCUUGAAGCACUGAAGAACAGUCCUGGAAGUGUGCUAGAAAUAUUGAUAUGUUUCUUCAGUAUUUGGUCAGUUAUUGGUUUAUCCGGAUUUCAUUCAUAUCUUAUCGCACUUGGCAUAACAACGAAUGAGGACAUUAAAGGAACGUGGUCGAAGAAAAGAAACAAAAAUGCUCGAAAUCCAUUCGAUCAAGGAGGUUGUCUCUCAAAUUUUAGGUACAUCCUUUGUGGGCCUGUCCCCCCAUCUAUGAUUGACAGACGAGGUUUAGCUGUCGAAAACACAGAUCUGGAAGAGGUUAUAGAAGACGCUGGAGCUGGACCAUCACAGGGAGUCUCUAACGGAGUAACGUAUGUUGCACAGCCAAACAAAAUGGACAGUGGCGUAGUUAGUACUGAAGAUGAGUAUGACACAAAGGGUGCUAGUUAUCCAAGACAACCCCAGUACCCCAAGCAACCUCAAUAUUCGGCUCCCGCACCAUCUGGUCAAGUAACAAAUGGGUUUGAUAGCCUUGAACAAAGUCGUGCACCUCAAUUUUCUGACAGUGGUGGUCCAAUAGUGUCAGUAUCACACCACUCUCACGAGCAAUACAACACAAACAAUUCAUCUGCGAUAGGUCCGCAACCUUGUUACGAAUGUACAUCACUAUCGACUCCAAUUUUAGCAGAAGAACGCGAUUCGUCACCUUCUGUAACCAUAGAACAUUUAGAUAGCCAAGCUGCUUUCGAGUUUGUAAAAGCUGCAAAUCAGGGUGUUGCUAUCUCGCCUCCAAACCUUAUAACAGCUUCAGAACCUAGUGACGAAAAAAUAAAUGGUAUUAAAAGUAAAGUAUGAUGAAAUUCAAAUAUUUCUCAAAUUAAGUGAUUUACAAAAGAUGAAAAGUCAAAUUUCACAAAGAAACCUAAUUCAGACUAAGCAAUCUAUUGAACAAAAUAAUUGAGUUGAAUUGGUUCUCUACGGGGUGAAAUUGAUCAAAAUGGGAUUUUCAAAGGACUUCUCUGCGCUACCUAUUGAUUUUACUGAAUUAUUUUAACACUGGGUACUUGAUUAAAAAAAAACAAGAUUAAUAAGUGCUGAUAAAGUUUUGUUUGAUUCACUGCACUUAAUACUGUCACUUGAGUUGAACAUACUUUAUAACACCAGUUUCAUACACUUGUAUAAAGAAAAAAAAUGUAGUCAACUUUAUAAUUUUUCAAUUUCUACGAUUUUUUAAUUAUAUACUGUAUAUUAUAUUGUGAGAAAUGUGUAUUGUCUAUGAUAUGAGUCUGACUUCUUGUGGGAGCAUGUUUCUAUGAACAGUCUUCUGACUUAUCUUCAGAAACUAUGUCUUUUAACUGAUGUAUGUUGUUUUAGUUAUAAAAAUCUUGGGCAACUGCAAAAAUACAAGCUCUCUAAUUUA